AUGCCGGUCACAACCAUUCCGCUCGAACCUCUCAUAUCGACCGCACGUGCGGAGUCGAGUCACGCCGGCGCAGCCAUGCGAGACGUCCAAUCCGACCGAAUACAGCCCGAGAAGAAAGGAGCCGUGGUGAUGGAGGUCAGCGAGGGCAAGAUUAUGUCGGCUAUGGACUCCGCUAGGACAUCGUGUAGAGAAAAACAACCCUCCGGCCUUCGUUUCCUGGCUACAGAACACCCUCUUUUCCCACCCAUGCCGUCGUAUGGUCCGCCGUCUGUAUUUGGGAGGAUCCACCACUAUAUGUUCAUCGUCAGCUCGUUCUUUCUGUCACUAUGCUUUCUGACGGCUAUAUUUGUCGGGGCUCUGUUCCGCAACGUCGGGGUCGCAAUGUCGGAAGCUCGUAUGCGAUGCAGUGGCCAGAAUCCAGAUACCAGGAGGGCGUUCUACACAGAGGAAUUGGCGCGCAGGAAGGCCAGGGCUGACGCCGAUCGGAGGUGGGCACUGCGCCAACAGAAGAGGGAUAUGGACGAGGAACGGGGACCCGAAGAAUGUCAAGAAUGCCCGUCGUUGGAAGGAGGCAAGGAUCCUUUGAUUGCUGACGUUGCAUACUAUGCCCGCCGAGUUGGCCUUGACGUGGAAACAUUUCGGGUCCAGACGGAGGACGGGUUCAUUAUCACCCUGUGGCACGUGUACAAUCCCCAGGAGUACGAGGCAUUAUCACCAGAAGAGCGGCGCGAGCGUGGACCUGAUGUUUUCACUAAGCCAAGAACGCCAAAUACCUCACAUCCACAAUCUAACCGUCGAUAUCCUGUUCUUAUGGUCCAUGGACUGCUGCAAAAUGCUGGUGCAUUCUGUACCAACGACGAGGAUAGUCUGGCGUUUUAUCUCUGCAAGUCUGGGUAUGAUGUUUGGUUAGGGAAUAACCGUUGUGGACCACAUCCAGAGCACAUCACCUUGUCGACCGAUGACCCGCGUAUGUGGUCUUGGGAUAUUCGACAUCUUGGAACGCUGGACCUUGCAGCACUCACUUCGCGUGUGCUCUACGAGACUGGGUUCGAGAAAUUGGGUCUCGUGUGUCACUCCCAAGGAACCACGCAGACUUUCGUUGCUCUAGCUAAGGAGCACCGUCCUGAGCUGGGUGAAUACAUCUCGGUUUUCUGCGCGCUUGCGCCAGCUGCAUAUGCCGGCCCACUUGUGAACAGGCCAUAUUUCCGUUUCAUCACCCUUCUCCCUCCGGCGAUGUUCCGACUAGUCUUUGGAAUCCACUCUUUUAUUCCUUUCAUGAUGACCGCUCAGCGUCACCUCCCGUCUAGGAUAUAUGGAACCCUAGCAUAUUGGGUAUUCUCCUUUUUGUUUGACUGGUCAGACACGCGCUGGGAGCGUGAUCUGCGCCACCGAAUGUUCCAGUUCGCCCCUGUAUAUGUUAGUGCUGAGUUGAUGCGCUGGUGGCUGGGAGGCGAAAGCUUCGCAAAGCAUCGAUGCAUUUUGUCCACAGCCAGCGAAAUCCUCCUUGAGGCAAGCGCGAACCCGUAUAUGCGAGACCCGGUCUCUGAGCAUGGUGAUGAUCCCCAGGACGCAUGUUUGGGAACUCCUGUCCCGGGACCCUGGUAUGGCCCGAGAACACCCCCGUUUGCAUUUUGGAUUGGAGGCUGUGAUGCUCUUGUUGAUGGUCGUCGACUUUUGAAUCGCUUCCAGAGCGGCCGUGAGCCUCAUGUGAAUCUCGUUCAUUCAAAGGUCAUCGAAGAAUAUGAGCAUCUUGAUGUCCUUUGGGCGAUGGAUGCCAUCGAGCAGGUUGGCAAGGAAGUCAACCAGGUCAUUUGGACGAGUAUGCCUGAUGAUGCACGUCGGAUAUGUCGUGCUCCUCGUGGUGUGAACCUAGACAUGGUAGACACUCGUUAG